AUGUUGACUCGAGUCAAGGAAACGGACUGGAGGAACAACGUAGACCAAGCUCUGUUACUCAUCACUGGCCCUACGUUUAGGCGGAACACGCUGAAGCCGUUUUGGGGAUGGAAAGCCGAAUGUUCUCUUGCGUUUGCGUACAUCCCGGGUGGUGAAGAUUUCUUUGCCACAAAGUUGGUACGGGCCACCGACAGGAUGCAUAGGAGCUCUCAUUUCCAUGCUAUCGAAAACCCGGAUAUGAUCCUGUUUUGUUCCAGGGCCGAACCAGUCCGUUUCAAGCGGCCGGCUGAUGACCAAGCAGCUGCCACCGAAAGGGCAGUUCCUACCACCAGCAGUGGUACCGGGAUCCGUCGUACUGCAGAAACUAUGAUGAAGAUUCGCCGUACUCAAGAUCAACUCUGGGAAACAAGGUGGAUGGCGAUCGUGCUAAUCAUAGAAUACAAGACCAACUCUGCCCUCAAAGCCCUGGCUCAGCUUUAUGCUUAUAUGCUCUCCGCAAACGAGCAGUGCGCCACUCGUCUUGGUCUCAUCAUGAUAGGCAAUCGUUUUUCCCGGGUUGUAAUGGUCCGGUCGACAACAACUCAGAACGGUUGUGUGACUCUGGCAGUGGAGUGUUCCAAUCCCGCAAAGUGGGGCCAGGUGGAGAAAAUUUCUCAAUUAGUCAGAAGGGACAGCGAUGAGAUUUUGUAUUUAAACUUCGAGCCGUCUGAUUUAUCCCACAACUUGAUCGAGGCGGAAAAUGAUACCUUGACUUCUCUUACUGUUUCGGAGCAAGCUGCGGACACUCUUUUCCGUUACGUCAAGGCUGCAACUGACAUGGCUGCAAGAAUUCCGAUCGAACCCACUCUGAGUCACUCAGAGAUGUACCAACUUUACGAAGCUAGUGGAUUGGCAAGUUGCCAAGCCGUGGACGCCGCGGGUUUACUGCUUGACACUCGGAUGGUUGCGGUAGACUCUGAUCGGGGUCGAGCUAUGGCGGCAACGGUUGCUCUGGCACCCGCUGAUUGUAAAGAUGCAUUCGAAAGACUUUGCAUCAGUUCUCUCGUCGACGAAGGUGACAAUGCACCAAACCAAUUGAAGAGUAGUGAUAAAGAAUCUACCAACAGGGAAAAUGGAAGCUCCGCCGCAGAGUCCAAUCCGUCUAAACCGCGCCGGACCCCCGUCUCUUCUUCGGAAGGACGUAAGGAUGACGCAGGAGGUGGAGGAGGUAAAGGAGGUGACGGAGGAAGUCCUAGUAGAGGAGGUGAUGGAAACGGUGACCAGGGUCCAUUGGAGAUUGACGGGCAAGACGAAAGAUUCAACCACGGCGCCAGCGUGUCAGCGAAUCCCAUACUAGCGGGAUACCUUUCGGAACUGGCGGGGGACGGGAUGACGGCUCGAACCUUGCGUCAGAGUAUGCACCAUGGACCACAAUCAUGGGAACACGUCGGUCGGGGUGACGAUACCUCUGACGACACGGACGAGUCACCGGGGGCUGGCGUAGCGGCGAUUCAUGCACAGGUCUCUCAAGUGGUCAAUUCUGCUUACUGGGGUGCUCUGGUCAAGUUGGGCGUACGAGUCGUUUGGACCUCUUCCGUCCAGAUGGAUACUCUUGUUCAUGGUUCGGCACAUGCACAUCAAGGUAUAGUAUGGGACCAUCACUCUGUCAUCGGACAUAAGGGGUCGGCCCCUUACGUGGACGAAUCCCUCCCUCCUUCCGCCAACCCCCUGUGGUUCGAACAAGCUCAUCUCAAUUGGGCAGAGAAUCAACUCCGACACGCUUCCACUCAUCCUGAAGACAUUGCCAUCAUCCAGCUUUCAGAAUCCUGUCCCGGCUGGGACCCUCCAGAGGUACGUCUGAGUCAAGCUCAUCUCCUUGACUUGGUAGGUCGAUGUCAACGCAGCCUGCGAAGAAGCGGUGUGGGCAAAGGCGAUAGAGUGGCGUGGUGGGGUGCAAACUGCAUAGAGGCGGUGGUCUUACUGCUUGCCACGAGCUCCAUCGGGGCGAUAUUCUCCAGCGCAGCAGCGGAUUUCGGGACGGCAGGGUUGUCGGAGAGACUGAACCAAAUCAGACCGAAAGUCUUGGUGGUCACGAAUGGCGUUGUAUAUGGAGGGACACCCAGGCCGCUUUUGGGCAACCUUACGGCCCUGUUAGGAGAAAUGGACCAGAUGCCAGAGAAGAUAGUCGUGGUGUCGCAUCUUUCAAGCCAUAUGGUGGCCGAGCCUGCCGGGCUUCACUUGGAUCGGUGGGUAGAUUGGUUGGACGAGUCAGAAGCCCAAAUCGAGUUCAUUCGGAUGGGCUUCAACGAGCCCAUAUGGAUUCUAUUCUCCAGCGGGACGACUGGAAGACCUAAAGCCAUUGUACACCGACAGGGCGGAAUGCUGCUAGAUUCUUUGAGGGAACAUCACUUGGCAGGAGAUAUGACACGAGGAUCAGUUUUCUUCUACUACACCACUCCAGGUUGGAUGAUGUUCCAAUAUCUCGUAUCGGGCCUGGCCACGGGAGCGACGAUCGUCUUGUACGAAGGAAGUCCGUUGAAAGAUCCGAGCUUCCUGUGGAAGACGAUAGACAAUCUCGGGGUGACAAUCUUUGGGACGAGUGCUAAAUGGAUCGAACAAAUAUCUCUGUACGACUUUGUCUAUUCACAUAUCAAAUCGGAUGUGCUUCUCGGCUCCAUCACCGGUGGGACAGACAUCUGUUCAGUUUUUGCGGGUAGGAACACAUGCCUUCCUGUGUUCCGAGGUGAAAUACAGAGUCGGAUGCUGGGAUUUGCACUGGACACGGCCACGACCGAAAUUGGUGCUCCCGGAGAACUCAUUUGUACCCGAGCCUUCCCCAUUCAACCUGUAGGAUUCUGGCCGCUUAAGGGAUAUGGUUUCUCACAGUCGGAAGUGGAAGCCGCUCAGGUCAGAUAUCAGGAGAGUUACUAUAAGGAUUUUGAAGGCAACUGGUAUCAUGGUGAUUACGUGCAGAUCACGCCUUCGCGCUCAGGCAACGCCGGCGGGGUGAUAAUGCUUGGUCGGUCCGAUGGGGUUCUCAACCCUGGCGGUAUCAGGUUUGGUCCCACGGACAUUUAUUCUGUACUCGAGACGGAAGAAUUUGCCGACUGUGGGGUGGAGGAGACACUUGUGGUCGGACUGGUGGUUGAUGGAGGCGCGGAUGAGAAGGUUGUGUUGUUUGUCAAGCUGUUACAGCAAGUUCGAACAAGCAUUCGAUUGUCUCGAAGCGCUCGACACGUCCCAUCAACAAUCCUUCAGGUGUCCGAUAUACCUGUCACCUUGACGGGCAAAAAGGUGGAAGGUGAGUGCAUGUUCGGAGGUUGCGAGGAAGGGAUGACUAACGCUGACCCUGUCCUUUCUGUACUCGCUCCUUCUGGAAUCCCCCUUCCAGUCUCUCCCCCCGUCCUCGACGCCAUCCGAGUCUUUGUGGGAACCCUCGAGUGCAGGCUAGAUCCCGUCCGGCACCGGGCCGUCGACUUUAAGAACCGACUGCUGGACACGCUACUCCUCCCUGUGGUCGCACCUGGACUGGACCCCCAGCUUAUUGCGGCCAUCCAGCAGGUGGUUCUACAUGCGACACAGCCCAUCCAACAGAGCAUCCUAGCUCUUCAUCGCGAUGUACGGGAUUGCCGCCGGGAUGUCGCUGAACUUCGUCGGGAUGUCGCUGAAUUUCGUCGGGAUGUCGCUGAAGCCCGUCGGGAGACUUCAGGACGGACCGCCCAGCGUGCGGAGAUGACGCAUAAUCACCGACUCCACUCUUUGACAAACGCCCCGCUCGCGCACCAAAGAUGGGUGCCCGUGAUUUGCCUGGUUGCUCCGUCGGGGUACAGAGUGCCGGAAGGGCUACCUCAAAACUGGCGGAGACAUCCACGUAGCGCCGCUGACGUCCGACGGAUGUCAGGCGUCACGGCGGCUGCGUGGUUGGAGAUGCACGGCUUGCCGCAGACGGGAACCAGGGUCGAGGACCAAAACACCCUCAUGACGUUCCUAAUGGGAGGAGGAUAG